GUUGGUGUGAGUAUAAAUGUGGGUAUAGGGAGCGCUAAAUUCACAACACAUAUCAAUCUAAUUCUAUACUAUUCACUCUCUCUGUUUGAUGAUGAAUAUUCUGAAAGUAAUGAUGUUUAUGUUUGUGGUGAGUGUGGUGUUGCAGGUUGCUUAUGGACAACACCAUAUCAGAUGCCUUCCAAAGGAGAGGGAAGCACUCAUUCAAUUCAAGGCUGCCAUUGUCGAUCGUUACGGCAUGCUCUCCUCUUGGACCACUCCUGACUGUUGCCAAUGGGAGGGGAUUCGCUGCACCAACCUCACCGCUCAUAUUAUAAGCCUUCACCUUCCUGGACAGUAUAAUGAAGUCUCUCCGCGUUACAUCAGGGGAGAGAUCCACAAGUCGUUAAUGGAGUUGCGACACUUACAGUAUUUGAAGCUCAGUUUCAAUGAUUUUACAGACACUAAUAUUCCAGAGUUUCUUGGCUCUCUUACCAACUUGAGAUAUCUUGAUCUCUCUUCAUGUCGUUUUAGCGGACAAAUUCCUAGUCAGAUAAGUUCUCUUUCUCAUUUGAAAUAUUUGAAUCUUGCAAGAAAUUAUUAUUUGGAGGGUUCAAUCCCUUGUGAACUUGGAAAUCUCUCUCGACUGCAGUAUCUUGAUCUCAGUGUGGCAAUUCUUUUGAAGGAUACAUUCCUUCCCAACUAG